CGUCAGCGGGGACUCGACGCCUUUCUCGCUCCCUCUUUGAUCAGUGGGUGAGCGGGGGAGACGAGCGAACGCGGACGGCUCCGGUAAAUGACGCCCACCACUCAUACCUCCACACUGACCCCAGCGCAUGCCUCUUGUCUUCCAUCCAUGCCUGGAAGUCGACCAUCCUCAUCUUCCGACAUUUUCUCCCUCUAGUCGUCAUCAUCUGCUCAGCGCGACCUGUCAAGCCUCCAUCGGUCCUGGAUCCCCUCACCCACCCCCAGACUCGGUCUGCAGCUCCUCUUCCCCUCAGUGUGUGUGUCUGAAUGACGGGCGGACGGUUUGAUUUCGACGACGGCGGCACUUACUGCGGGGGGUGGGAGGAUGGCAAAGCCCACGGACACGGCAUCUGCACCGGACCCAAGGGCCAAGGCGAGUACGCCGGCUCCUGGUCCCACGGCUUUGAGAUAGUCGGGGUCUACACCUGGCCCAGCGGGAACACCUACCGGGGCUACUGGUCCCAGGGGAAGAGGCACGGGCUCGGCGUGGAGAAUAAAGGCAAGUGGCUCUACCGUGGGGAGUGGAGCCACGGCUUCAAGGGGCGCUACGGAGUCCGGCAAAGUCACAACACACCUGCCAGAUACGACGGCACCUGGAGCAAUGGGCUGCAGGACGGCUAUGGGAUCGAGACCUACGGUGACGGCGGUACCUAUCAGGGUCAGUGGAUGGGUGGAAUGCGUCAUGGCUACGGGGUGCGCCAGAGUGUUCCCUAUGGCAUGGCUACCGUCAUCAAAUCUCCGUUGCGUACAUCUAUGGCCUCCUUGCGCUCUGAGCAGAGCAACGGCACUGUCCUGCAGGAUCUCUCUUCCCAUGCUGACACUCCCACUGGCAGCCGUGGUGGCUUCGUACUCAACUUCCACUCUGACAGCGAGGUUGUCACGGGCAAGAAGAAGGGUCUGUUCCGAAGGGGUUCUCUUUUCGGUAGCUUGCGACAGCUGCGGAAAUCAGACUCCCGGACCUCAAUCUCCAGCAAACGCAGCUCUGCCCGUAGUGACGCCACCAUGAGCCGUAUCAGCUCCAGCGAUGCCAACUCUACCAUCUCCAUCGGUGACGGCGAGCUGCCAGAUGAGGACUUGCUUCUAGAGGACCAUGUGGAUGCCACCACCACCGAAACCUACAUGGGCGAAUGGAAGAACGACAAGCGCAAUGGAUUUGGUGUUUCCGAGAGAUCAAACGGAAUGAAGUACGAGGGCGAAUGGCUUAACAACAAGCGGCAUGGUUACGGCUGCACGGUUUUUCCUGACGGCACCAAAGAAGAAGGGAAGUACAAAAACAACAUGUUGGUGCGAGGAAUAAGGAAGCAGUUGAUUCCGCUUAAGAACCCCAAAACUAAAGAGAAGGUGGAUCGAGCGGUGGAGGGUGCGCAGAGGGCCGCAGCCAUUGCCAGGAGUAAAGUGGAAAUAGCUGCUUCCAGGACGGCACAUGCCAGAACAAAAAGUGAGGCUGCAGACCAGGCGGCUCUCUCUGCUGUGCAUGACUCUGAAAUUGCAAGGGCGGUUGCUAGAGAGCUUUCCCCCAACUUCUAUCAGCCUGGGCCCGAUUAUGUAAAGCAGCAGUCGAAGGAGCCUGUGGAAAUCAAAGAGCCCCCUCCUGUUGAAAAGAAGGAAAACUCCCAGAAAGAUUCUCCGCACUUUUACCGCAAGGGCACCACGCCGCCCCACUCACCUGUGACCAGCCCCGGAACCACGCCUCCGCCCUCGCCUCACUCCAGCAAGAAGAAAGGCCAUCACUUCCAUAACAGCACCUCCCACAAGUCAAGCAAAGAGGAGAAGGCCUCCAGGAAAACCAGCAAAGAGGAGAAGUCAAGUCAUAAGAGCGCCAAUGAUGAACGAGCUAACAGAAAGCCAAGUAAAGAAGAGAAAGUGGCCGAAGCCCCUCAAAAUUCUCACGUUCAAAUCGAGGCGCCCCCUAAACCUGCCAAGCCAUCACAACCUGCCCCGCCCUCGGCUCCCCCACCUUCGCAGCCGCCCACCAUCCCUGUCAACGGGCAGCUCCAUACUCAGUACCACAGUUACUAUGUCAAAGCUCCCACGAGGGGACCCCCACCUCCUGACCCUGGAGAAGAUGUAGAAGAAGAACCUAGCGCGCUGGAGCUGGCACGCCUGCCCCCUCACUUACUGAAAUCCUCCAGUACGCCGACCCCUCCGAAGCUAGCCUCCGUGAGGGAGAGCAAAAGUGACCCAAAACUCAGGAAGCAGGAUUCACUGAAGCCAAAGAGCCUUGCAGACACAAAGAAAGCCAGUAUGGAGAUUGCUGAAAACACAGAAGAAACAGGUCCGAAUUCAAUCCUCGUGGCUAUGGUGAUGCUGCUGAACAUCGGGCUUGCUAUUAUAUUUGUCCACUUUCUCACAUGAUGAGUCUGAUUCUCAGUGUUACCGUGGCAACCAGUUCCGUUGCAUCACUGGGCUUGGAAACGGCUACUGGCACCAGUGAGACUCUGGGCAUCUGUAGGUGUUUGGAAAACAGCAUGGCACCGACAAGAAUCAAGAUGAUGUCAUCACUACCAAGGACCAGCUUUGGUCCUGGACGAGGCCGGCUGGUGAUUUAGCACUCGACGAGCUGAAAUGAAAUGUUGUGUCUAGUGAGUUUCAAAACUUAUAAAAAAAAAGUUUCAAUAAUGUAACCAAUCAUAUGAUGUCUGGAAACAAAUCUGAAGUAAUUGACACCCAGGUGCGCUGAUCCAAGCAGCGGCUCUGGAGCUGGCUGGUUUGGCCAAGAUGGCGAUGAGAUGACGAGUGGAGAUGCACUUUUAGAUGACGGGAGCAAACAGCUGCCGUCUAUUUUGUCAUCUGACGUUUUGAUGAGGAGAUGUGAGCCUGGCCGCUGGGACAGAAGAGGUGGGGGGGGCAGUUGUAGCCCGAGUGUGCUCAAGUGUUAGUGAGCAUCUUUUCGGGUUUCACACCAGUCUGACAACAGAGAGCUGGACAAGACCGCUGCCAGCAGUCGGUGCUAGCACGGUCACUUUCCAGUCUUACUCUGCAGUCCAAACAUCAACGCAGCUUACUCAAGCGCCGACCCUUCUCUGUCAAACACUCCCUGCCUGCGAUACACCUUAUUUUGCUAUAGUGUAGGUUUCUUUCAUCUAGCCUUGCACUCCUGAUCUUGGUUACCUUCCUGAAUGAGUAAUAUUUCCCAUUUAUUGUUUAAAUUUUACUCAUUGAAAUGAAGAUGUCAUUUAACAUGAUGGUGAAGUGCAAUAUGUUUUAUUUUGUUUAUGAAGAGCUUAUAAUAUAUUUUGCCAAAAACAAAGGAGUGACGUGGUACAUCUGUCCAAUUCAAAGUCAAAUGUGUUAUUUAUUGAAACUACAGGCAGGUGGAACAAGCUCCAAUGAUUUUUUUUUUCUCUCAAAUUUUCUCAUCUCCCUUCUCCUUCUGUGAAAGUGGAAAAAAGUACUCCAAAGCAAUUUGGCAGUUUCCACACCUGCUUCUUCAGUCCAGAUGUGCUUGCAUGAACCUUGUGACUGGACUUUGUGGGCAGUUGAUCAACCGUUAGAAAUGUGGCUCCAGCAGCGAAGGAGAUGCCUUUUCAAAGUCUUUAACUGUUUACCUCAGAAGAAUUGAGGAGGAGGGUGGGUGUGGGGAGGGGGGUGGGUGGGGUUUGCGCUGCCAUCCUUGUCUUAAUUUUCGUCGUGUGUGGGACUCUGACUGUUGUCAUCACCUGAAUCAUGCUUUUGCAUUCAUGUAGCUGUGCGGGUAUGGCAUGAGUUUCUUUGAUUUUAGUGGUUAUUUAGAUGAAACUGUCUUUAUCAACACAAAAUAUAUAUUUAUUCAUUAUACAGCCGACGGUAUAUGUGUUUGUGAAAAUGUUUCAUCCGAAAAAAAGGGCUUUAUAAAUGCUGCAAGUUAGAUUUUAGAUUCAGUUUGUCUGUGCAGCAUAUGUUUGGAAAAAUACUUUGGCUUAUAUGUUUGCCUACUUCCCAAUACUACUGAAAGCUAUUUCUGGUUUCAGAAAUUAGAGAAAAAUAUAAUAUAUAGAAUUAUAUUUAAAAAAAAAUAUAUAUAUAUAUCAAAUGAACCUCAACACAGUUAGGCAUCACACCCUCAUUUUAUUGUUUUAGCUUUCUUCUACAUGAGAAUGAUGGAAAACCAGAGGGUUCCAGUGUUCCUGAGAUAUUUUUAAACUGCAACCUUGCAUGUUGGAGACAUUUAUAUUUAGAUUAUAUUAUAGUAUUUGUAAAGGUUUUUACAGAGCACAAUCCAAAAUCUGGUAUGAGUUGGUAUUUUUCUAUCAAUUUGCACACCUGUAUUUUGACAAUGAAUCUGUUUGUAAUCGGUAAUGUAAUGCACAUCUGAUGUUUGGUUGACAAAAGAAAACUUUAUUUGUAAUUUGGUGCACUGUACGUACCACUUGGAGAAGUGGGAGGAGGAUGUACUGGUUUGAGUAUUUUUGACAUGGAGGAACUGCGGGAAACUUUUGAUAUCUCAAGGUUCAUGUUGCCCCAUUGAUUUGUGGAAAGUCUUUGGAGAUAAAGUUCUAUGUAUAACAAUAAAGAUGUUAUGCCUUGAUAAACUCA